UUCAACAGAAAUCCAUGAUGCACAUUUUGUAGUUUGAAGCCACACAUGUCUUAUUGUCUUUCCUCUUCCGUAAACAUGGCCACGCGCAGUGUCGGCAUGGGUCCCACUAUGAAGUCGAAAAAGUUGGCAGACAUGUCUGUGAAUGAGUUUUUUUCUGGCGAUUUUGAUAGUGAGUCAGAGUCUUCUACAAAGUCUGCAGAUUCAGACUCGAAAAUUCUGAAAAGUCGUUCUAAGGCAGGGUCAAAAGAAAAGUUAGUGUCUAAAAAGACGAAAGUGAAAGCUCCAAAUCAAAAGCAGAAACGUGACAAUGUGGUCAAUGCGAACAACACGAAUAAGAAUAUGAACAAAGUCGCCAAAAGGAACGAACUGCAAACAGAGCCAUCGGCUAGCUUGGACCCUGUAAAGUCUAGCAAAGUGUCGAAACAGUCGCUAGCCAGGUCACUGCAAGAAAAUGAUCCAGAGUUCUAUGAUUUUCUGAAAGGUGAGGACAAGAAUUUGUUAUCUAAUCUUGAAACUCUGUCUGAUGAUGAUUCCGAGGUAGAUGAGGACGAACUUAAUGAUGUCAAAGCUAAAAACAGUUCUCCAGAAGAUUAUGAAUUUGAAAAAGAACUUAUCAAUAUGUCUAGUGGUGAUGAGUCGGACUCUGAUGAAGAGACGUCAAGCAAUGUCCAUAAAUUGCCACAGCAGCUUGAGGUUGCCAGUGAUGACAGUGAAGCAGAAGAUGUCGAUGAAGAAGAGGCUGUAAAAUCAACAACAAAAAAGAAAGGUGGUACUCUUGUUACAAAUAGAAUGGUUAACAACUGGUCUGAAGAACUGAAAACAAAGCCAUCUCAGACUGUUUUCCGUCAAGUUGUUUCAGCUUUUCAUGCUGCUGUUCAAGAGGCAGGUGGAGCUGAGGAUCAGUCUACCUCAAAAUACCGUGUUGAAGGUAGUUUAGUGUUUAACAGUGUUGUAAGACUUUGUCUUGAGCGGAUUGCUCCAACCCUGCAGAACAUGCUCCAUCUGACUACUCUAGCUGGAACUUCAGGAAAUCAAACCUUUGAAAAGUCAGGUGCGUGGAAGAAAAUUAAAGUUGAAGUGAAGUCAUACAUCAGUGAUCUUUUAGACUUACUUGCUCAGCUUUCUGAAACAGCAAUGAUAAAUGCUAUGCUGAAACAUGUUCACAAAUUGAUUCUAUUCUAUGCAACUUUUCCCAAGUUAUCAAAGAUGCUGCUGAAAAGAAUUGUGAAAAUGUGGACUGGUGGAGAUGAAACAACCCAGGUUUUGGCAUUUCUGUGCAUAAACAAAUUAGUGCACAUGAAACAGGACACACUGCUAGAACCUACUCUCAAACAAAUGUAUACUGCAUAUGUCAGUAACUGCAAAUUCACAUCGCCUACCACUCUCCCGCAGAUUAACUUCAUGCAGCGUUCCCUUGUGGAAUUAUUUAACAUUGAUCAAACUUUGGCGUAUCAGUAUGCUUUUAUUUACAUUCGUCAGCUUGCCAUUCAUUUGAGAAAUGCUAUUUCAGUGAAGAAAAAGAACACUUGUCAGGCUGUGUACAAUUGGCAGUACAUUCAUUGCCUCAGUCUGUGGGUGAAACUUUUGACCACCACAUGCCCGAGUGAGAUUCUUCAGCCGAUGAUUUAUCCGCUGACUCAGACUAUCAUUGGGACAAUCAAGUUACUUCCUACAGCCAGGUUUUAUCCUCUGAGAUUUCAUUGUGUAAAACUGUUAAACAGUCUUUCAGCAAAGACAGACACAUUUAUUCCAACAUUGCCAUUUUUGUUGGAAGUUAUUGAGCAGACUGAUUUCAACAAAAGGCACAAGACUGUGAGUUUGAAACCUUUCAAUUUUGCAGUAAUUUUGAAGUUCUCAAAGUCACAACUUCAUGAAAAAGCUUUCAAAGAUGGACUUGUUGACCAGCUGUAUGAACUGUUCUUAGAAAGUUAUCACAACUCAUCUUGCUCCAUUGGUUUUCCAGAACUAAUUAUUCCUUCUGUUAUUCAGUUGAAAGACUUUCUGAAGAAGUGUAAAAUUGCAAACUACUGCAAACAAUUUAAACAAAUUGUGGACAAAGCCAUGGAACAGGCUACAUUUAUUUCUGGGAAAAGGAAAAACUGUGGUGUGCGUCUUGAUGACUCUGGCGCUGUCUCUCAAUGGGAAAACAACAUAAAGAGUGGUGGAACGCCGUUGGAUAAGUUCUAUGCGUCAUGGAGGAAGCUUCGAGACAGAGAACUGCAGCAUGAACUCUCAAACAAAGAAGCAAUUUCUGGGGCUGCCAUCGACAUACCAACUGUGGAGAGAAAGCUUACGAAAAGAGCAACCCCACAGGAGAGGGAGGACUUUUCCAAAUUAUUUGAAAAUGAGUCUGACUCGGAUGAUGAAACCAGGUUCCUUUUGAAAGAGGAGCGCCCUGAUCAGUUGAAAAGAAAGAGGAAAAGAAAUGAUGAAUCAGACAGUGAAGAUUACAGUGAUUUCGAUGAUGAGGAACUAGAACAGUUAGCUCAGUCAGCAAGCAGUGGAGAGGAAACAGAUGGUUCAGAUGGUGUGGAAAAUGGUCAGAUGAGCAGUGAUCCAGAAAGUGAUGAAGAAGAAAAGGGUAGAAAUAGCAAAGUGAAGCAAAACAGUACAGUCAAGAGACAAAGACUUGAUAGAGAAGAAGAUGGAAAUGAUGGGGAUGAUAUUCUUGAAGACUUCAAUCUCGAUGAAUAUGAUUCUGAUUCAUAGAUUGCUUCUAUGAGCUGUUUCUUUUAUUUUUAUGGCGAGGGUAGUUGUGCUUGAAAGCCUGAAAGAUUCUGAAUGCAUGCCUGCAAAAUCUGGUUUCAUCUCACUUCUCACAAAUUGUACCAUGUGCAUUGGUUAGAAAAUCGAUGUUGUUUUAUUUUCAUUUGGGGUCGGGGGUUUUUAAGUUCUUUCUUUAUAAUUGUCAGUGUCAACAGCAAUUUUGUUUUUCAUAUUCCUGGAAUCCAACUUUUGUUUCCCACAUACUUUAACUUUAAGUAGUAGUGUUUAAAAUAUGUGUGUGUGCUAGGAGAAAAGUCCCAGUUGUCGGCAUAGCUAUUUUUGAGCAACUGUGUGAAAAGACCAAAAAUGUAUACCAAGUCAAAAAUUUAGUUCCUUCAGAAAACACGUUAAAAUCAUUUCUUAAUAACAUAUUGAAAUGAUUUUAUAUUUUGUCUAAAUAUUUUUUUUAUUGUGUUACAAAAUGUGGCAUAUCUUUGAAACUACUCAAGAUAUUUGAAAUUUAAUUUUUUUUAAUCAGCAUGCUCAGCGUUGAAUUGCCUCUGCCAAAAUUUCCGACAACUGGGACUUUUCUUCAGGCACACACACACGUGAAUGAUAUGUCCUGCCAAUUUGGCAAUGAAAACUUAAUAACUACAGUACAGGUGUACUUUUAUUGAGAGCUGCUGUCAGAAAUCUGACUGUGUACGACAUCUGCUCUCAUGCUGGCCACAUGGCCCGUUACCUCCAUUGUGGUCUGGCACCAGGUUAGCUUCCUUUUUUAAAGAAGACCAUAACGAAAUCUUUGUGUCAAGUUUACCGGUGCCUGUGGUGUAGCGGGGUUAUAAUGCACUUCACUGUCGCAGACAGGAGGCCGAGUGGUUUGAAUUGUUAUAGAAUAUAUCUCAAUCUUUCUGCAGGGAUGUUGUGUCCCUCUCAGUCAGUCCAUAUUGACCCUGAUAUAUUGUACAGUGGAAACCAUAUAUAUGACAGGCCCGGUAAUAACGGGGAUUUUUUAAUUCCCCGUUUUUUCCUACUCUUUGUCUCUAUUAGAAGUUUUCGGCACUAACAGGGCCUCAUGGGAGCCCAGUCGGUUAUAGCAGGGACAAAGGUUCGUUAACAAUUGAUAAAAAGUAAGAGAGGGGGUAACGCAGUGAUGGAGCAAGCUACGUCACUGCAAGCACAGGCAGCAGGUGAAGCGAGAUAGGGCUACGGUGUACUGCAGACUUUGAUCUAGCCCAGGGCCAAGCUACACGCACGCAUGGUCCCACCUUCCCUGUUAUAUCAGGUUUCCACUGUACAUUUGUAGUAAAAGGGCAGGGAGAGAAACCCAUCUCCUACACGAUCGAUAUUGUGUCGAUGUGGGACGAAAAACACCUAUAUUUUGAUUUAAGGGCAGUGAGUGGGCAUUUUCAGUUUCACUGGGUGAAUAUGCUGUUUUAUUUCUCUCUUGUGGGUUUGAUGUUUACUUGAAUUACCUUGUUUUACGUUACUUUUUUGUACCUUUGUUUGGAGAAAUAGCCAUGUGUUCGUGUGGACCUGAUGGUUCAAAUGUCAUCAAAGGCUUAGGUUAUGUUUUGUUAUAUUGUAUGUGUUUUUAUAGUGUAAACUAUGCAAAUGGUUGUAAUAUUGAUACUCAUAGAGAUUUGAAAAAGAAGUUAGUUAUCGAUUUAUUUGCAUUAGGGGCGGGCACGAGAUGAGCCGAGUACAGUGGAGUCCACUUACAACGAGUCCGGAAAAAACAAGAAGUCUGUUAUAAAGACACUGUUCUA